AGAAAACAGUUUAAUGUUCCCUGUUCGCUGUCGAGAUGUGCAUAUAAGAAAAGUUGCACUUCAAGAGUUACGGGUCAUUACAAAGAUAAGUACCUUGAGGACAGAACAGCCGAUAUGGAGAAACAAAUGUUCUUCGCCUGGACCCUCACAGUUCUCCUUUCGCUGUUGUUUGCAGAACAAUCCUCCGGCAGCUUUUUCUCCUCGCUGCAAUUCACCCGUGAUGCCCUGCUGGAUUUUUCGCGAGGUUCACAAAGAACUGUAGAUAUUAACCUUCAACCAAAGGAGACGACGAGGAUGGUCAAUAAGACGUAUGCCUUGAUACUAAGUCAAGCAAACAGCAUCGGUGAGACCAAACUAAGGAAAGUCGAUGAAAGUGUGAUGAAGACUGCGUUCCUUAGUUUUUCUAAAAUCUCAUCUGACACAAUCAAAGCUUCGUUAGAUCCCUCAAUGAGAAAGGACUUGCCAAAGGAUCUACUAAUGACAGCUAGUGUCAAAAGUGGAGUACUGGAACCCAUAGUACUUGUGCCAGUCAAGGAAAAAGUAAUAAUCAAACAGACGAAACGCGAAGUUUACAAGUCACGUACUUCACCUUCUAAUAAAUUUAUGAAGGCCAUCAACGACAUUGAACUAGCAGAGGCAAAUGCAAACGCCUUAGGAGUCAAGUACAGCUACUCUACCUUAGCAAAACUUAAGAGUCUUGUUGAAAAGGCAAUACAGAGCAAGAGCUAUAUAUAUGCUAGAGAGGUAAGAUAAUUCGAAUAUUAUUUGCGGAUAGGGAUUACCUAGGAAACAGAGGAAAGCUUAAGGAAACUUUUUUAGUACAAACGCCUUCUAAAUCAUAUGUAACAGGCAGAGCAGUAUAAAUGAGGAUGAAAUAAAAUUUACUUGAACGUAUUUCGGCAAAAUUAUACAUUAAUCGUACGAUGUAAAUCUUGUUAUGUAUGGUACUGAAAUUCAGUAGGCAAGUAUAUCUAUUAGUCAUGUUCAGUUUGGCCAGGGACCACCCAAGCUAAACCUCGGGAUUGAGCCAGGGGCACCCAACGACAAUUAUCGGAAAAUAUCUGUGCGGAAUUGAAGACGAUUUGAGAUCUAGAAUUUUCGGAACAUUUGUUGUAAAAAUUUUUGCUUGCCUGCCUCUCCUAGAAUUUUCGAACAUCUAAAAACUACUAUAAUUGCCCAUUUUUAACGGAUUUUUACCCUUAAAAGGUCACCUAGAAUUUUGGGGGGCCUUUUUUCUGGCUGAAAUUUUCAAAAAGGUGAGUUUUGAUUCCUAUAAUUUUCGGAUCACUAGACUUUCAGCUAGGAAAUCCGAAUAGAUGAAAAAUUUGUAGGGGAUAAAAAUAUGCCAAAAUCUACCGUUUAAAUACUAAAAUACGUUUAACGAUUCUAUGUUUAAGUGGUUUUGAACUAUAUUCUCGUUGGGUGCCCCUGUUGAGCAGUUCUUUCACAAGGUAUUUUAAAAAGUAAAGAUUUUAGAUAGCGAGAAUUUUAGAUUUGAGUCUAACCAAACUGAUUUCAUAAGACUGGAAACUGACAGAGGUGAUAUUCUAUACUCUCUCAAGUAAGAUUCACUUCCUUGUUCGAAGGAUAAUAAAUUAGUAUAUUGUAUAUUUAAACAUUUUCAGGUCGUCGGAAAGAUCAUGUAUUUACUGAGCACCAAGGCAAAAUCGUCAAGUCGGAAAAAGAGAACCUCAACAAGUGAGGGAAAGGUAUUUCUUCAAGAUCUUCGGAAAAAAGUCGGUGCCACUAAAUUUGAUAGCUUUCUGGCUGUGCAAGGCGAUGUAGGUCUUAUGUUUGCCAUAGAUGAUACAGGAAGCAUGAGCGAUGAAAUCCAAGCGGUAAAGAAGAUCGCAAACGAUAUCAUUUAUUACAAGCGGAAAGUCCCUAUCAAGGAAUACAUCUUGUCACCAUUUAACGACCCCUAUCCAUGUGAGUAAAAUUUGGUUUUUGGUCGUCCUUUCGUGUAGCCUUCCUCCACGCAGACGUUCUUGGGGGUUCUGGCGUCACUCAUUAAAUCAAAUCAAAUCAAAUCAAAUCACUGGCUUAAUGUCCCUUUUGUAGCCUGGCGGAAGACUGAAUUGUAGGAUACCUUACAAGCUGUGAUAAAUAUCCAAAUACGCAACAUUGAUUUACAAGAUUAAUAUUUAACACUAACAAAAUUUAAGAAACGUUCAGUCCUUGUGGCCAUGGGCCUGCUCGAACUCCCUGAUCUUAGACACACACUAGAUAUAGGUACCACUCUGUUGUGUUUUAGUGGGUAUAACGGGUUACCUGGCCGAACCUUACCUAUAAAUUUAAUAUACGAGACUCCGACGGUCAGAAAGAGUGGAUAAUGCAGCUUUGUCAAGUGCUGUUUCAUACGAAAUACUAGGCCAAAUGAUGGGAAGGGCCCUUUUUUGCACGUUCUCGAGAUAGCAAGCUAUAUACUUCUAAGGCAAACCAGCGAAGACAGCGUAGGCAUACUCUAGUAUAGAGCGAAUAAGCGCGCAGUAGAUAUGAACAAUAUCAGCCGAUGGAACUUUGCACUUCUUGAGUUGUCUCAAUGCAUAAAGCCAUCUGUUGGCCUUCUUCACUAUAUGUAGCCGCAGUGCACUGCCCAAGUUCAUUAGAACGUCUGCGUGGGAGGCUAUCUUUCGAGUCGUAUUUGUGCCUUAUGAGUACUAAAUUUUUCUUCGGUGUUGCAGUAACAGCACAAGGGCGCCCACGCAAUCUGUUCGUGUACCCGAUUGUAAUUUUGUUAUAAAUGUAUUGGAUUUAACGUUUGCUUUACAUCUGUAGAAAUAUAUCGCUAAAUCUGUACAGGGGUCAAUGUUAAAUACACUUUUAUAAGCUUGUCUGUGGAAUGCUAGAUUGUUGUCCUUAAGUUUGUUUCAGAACUGAAAUUUUCAGCGAUUUUGAAGGACUUUGAGUUCGCCGGUUACUGUGCCUCUCCACAAUAAACGGCGAACAAAAAAUCCGAUAAGACCAACUAAAAUGCCACUUCUGAGGCAAAGGAGAACAAUUUACCGUAGCUGUGGUAAUACACUGUCAGUAUUGGGCGCGUUUUCUUCGCAUUGGUAAAUGCACAUAUGUACAUUGUAGCAAUAUAUCGUUACAUAUGUGUACAUAUGAAGCAAACGAAUCCAAUAGGCCAUUUGCGAGUUGCUCCAAACCUCUGUUUCAAAGCGAGGCUAGGUACGAAGCCGUUGAUAGGAAGUGAUGGUUUUUGGAACUCGGAAAUGGCCUAAACAUGCAGUAUAAAUAUCCAUGAAAUAAAAACCUUGGAACAAACGGUCACACAAACAGAUUGCAUGGGCUUCCUGUGGUAACAGCAGUUUAUUUAAUGACAAGAGAGUGAGUUGUUCGUUAUCAUAGGUCUUAAACCCAUUCGUGCAUUUUGCCCAAAAACGCGUUUUGAAGCUAGUCGAGUGGUUUUUUGGUCACAGUGGUGCUAUAGAGAGCUAGAAUUUACCAUAAAGCCAUUUAGAGCUUGAACGCCUCGCGGUAGCCUGAGUAUCAGGCGUUUCUGGGGAGAAAAGGGGGAAGAGAGAAGCUAAAAUCUCUUCUCCCCUAGCCCCUUAGGAAGGCCUGGUACUCAGGCUAGUUUCGCGACCUGUCUCGCGGCCUACUGAUCCAGAUGAAAAAGAUCGGGCAUGCGCAGAAAUCAAAAUUUCGUUUUUGGUUUUAAAAGUGAUACAUAAGCCUUGACUGUUCCUUUUCGCUUUCUCUCCUCCCCUCUUAUUUCGCAUUUCUUGCUUCCUUUUUUUUUUCUUUUUGCUUUAGCUGGGCAGUUAGUAGGCUUCAUUUUGGUGAGAAUUAAACGUUUUUAGAAAAGCCUUCUUAGAACUAAGAUAAAAGAAAAGGACGGUAGGUAGUGGUGUCCUUGCGGAAUUGUGCUCAUUCUGUUAUGGUUUGAAAGAUCUCUUCACUCUGCACAUGUUAACGGACAAAGUUCUCCUCUUGACCAGUAAAACUUAUGACAUCACAAGCGGUAGAAGGGACAUGGAUCCACACAGGCUGUUACGGACGGAUCAGGGGCGAAUAAUGGGUUGAUUAGUUUUUCUGCCAAAGUCAUGCCGAGACAGUGACAAAAAGCAGCUCAUUUCAAUUCUCUGUCGACAUGUUCUUUGGAAAAAAAAAAUUAAGCACCAAGUCACCAAAAAUAAAAAUAACUGUUAAAGCAAAGUUCUAUCCACCUCUUUUAUCCACCUCUUUUUAUUUUCAACAACUUACAAUUUUUAGGUCCUUUUCUGCUUAGUGGCUCCAGGUAACACUUAGCAAUGUCAAACAAACGAUUCGACACUUAAAAACAGUUCAUCAUUUUUAUUUAUAUUUCAAUUCCAUUAGAUCCAACAAAAGCUGAUCCGGUAAUUGUCAAAACCGAAACUGAAGCAGGAGAAUUUGAAGAAGAAAUAGAAAAACUGAGGGCCCAUGGCGGCGGAGAUUGCCCAGAGUACACAUUUGAGGGAAUGCGUGGAGCACUCAAUAAAAUGGAAAUGGGUGGUUCUCCUUUGUAUGUGUUUACUGACGCAGGACCGAAGGAUGCAACAGAGGCGGAUAUUCAGGAAGUGAAGACGAUUGCUAAAGCAAGUGGCGUAGCUAUUAACUUUUUGACCACAGGUAAGGGGAAUGCUUGAUGUUUAUAUAUUAUAUUCUUUUAGUUUAAGUUCUCCACAUAUCAGUUAUACCUUUGCUCGAUAGUGAAAACUAAACCUGCAGUUAAUGCAGGAUAUCCUUUAGUAUUGAGUUGCUCGUAAGGUAUCUCCUCAAACAAUAACACAGUAUUGUUUACAGUCAACUCUAUCUAAGACAUACGCCUUUGGGGGUGUCCGUCUUAUAUAGAUGUCCGUCUUCUAGAGAGUACACUAAAAGGAGUAAAGAAAGACAAGGACCAACUCUAGGUUUCCGUUUUAGCGAGGUGUCCGCCUUAUACAGGUGUCCGUUAAGAGAAAAUUUACUGCAGAGUUAUGUUUCCAUUGUUUUACGGAAAACGCACAGUAACUUAUUAGUUGCGGAAGAACAGUUUUAUAAACGUCAGCACUUCGUACGCUUCCCAUGCACCGCUUAUGAAAGAGAAGACCUCUAGCAGCUAGGGUAACCCAAAUAUGUUUUGGCCCUCUAAAAUUAUUACAUGGCUGACUUCACAAGUGCAUGGCUAAGGAUUCCAGACAAACAAAUAUGUCUCUUGAGCAUUAUUUUUGAAGUUGCAAACAGCAGAGAUCAACUUUGAAAAACUGUUAGGCUGAACAGUUUUCAAAAACCCUAAGUUCAAUCCGUUUUAAUCUUCUUCAGUUUUGCUAAUCCGUGGCAUCUGUUGUAUCUGUUGUGUUAUUUUAACCUUCCUUUAAUGUUUUAAGCGGUUAAUUUUCACGUUUCUCGUAAUUAAACGGACACGUUUCUCUUAAACGGGCAUUUUGUAAUUACCUAAUUUGGCUGAAUUUCGUGACACAGCUCCUUUAAGAUAGUGUUCAUACUGGAACAACCAAAUGCAGGUUCUCUAAUGAGGCACUGUCAAUAAAUACAUUGCUGACUAAAAACCUGUCUCUAAUCCUGCAUUUAUUGAGAUUAAUAAUGUCGGAGGGUGAGAAAGGAUUUUGCCUUGCAUGUUCAUGCUAAGAAACGUUUCUAACUUCAACUUCUUAAAAUGUUUAAUAAAGGUUAUUGUCGCGGUCGAGGUUACGGCUCGCGCGAUCCAAGGAAUCUUCACCCAGCCUUCCUAGAUCUUGCUAAGAGUACUUCUGGUCUAGCCAUUGUGUUUAACAACGCGGGGGAACUGGAAAAAGUAAGCAGUUUGACAAUCGGGACAUUGGAUGGCGAUGCUAUCGUAUCUACCGGCUCAACCAAGAAGAGCAGAAAAAAGAGAAGUGCUGACGGUCGAUAUAGCAUUCCUGUUGAUGACUCUAUUGAAAAGAUGUCUGUAACCAUAACUACAGCGACAGAAGGUAGGCGAUUCUUGUUGUAAAUAUGAGUAAACAUUCAAAAUUGUCAGUAUUGACGCGUGUUUGGGAUCAGGAGCUAAUAACGAAGAGUGAGAUACCCCCAUAUCAGGCCUAUAUCACGGCGUUUUUACGGCCGGUUUAUUUUUAGAUACAUUUUAGAACACUUUUUCCCGCAAAGCUUGGAAGCCUAGUUAGCUAGACAUCCAUAAGGAAAACUAAAUGUCAUUAAAUGUAAAAAAUAUCCGCGAUUUUUUAGGUCUGAUUGUUUUGCCAGAUGAUUGGUGUAACCUUUAAAAAAAUAUUUUAAAUUGGCGCCGAAAUCAUUCGAAAAAAAUAAACUCCUCCCUGAAGUAUUAACCAGAUGCCUUAUUCAGAUGAACAAACAGUUGCUUGUGACGUCAUGACGCAUGGCACCCUAAUUUGUCUAGUACUGAAGCAAUGCGCCACUUAAAAAAAGAGAGGGGACUGGGGACGCGGUGGUCUGCUAUUGGCAAAUUUUUCGCCGGUCCAAGACGUCUUUGCGAAAGUUAAACCAGCCGAGUUUCCUCUCGUUUCUAAAUUUGGGAAUUUAUGAUAUGGUGGCUCUAUAUAAAUGAACGGCUGUUAACGUUUUUUAUAUCAGCUAACAGCAUAAAUAAACCUUUAGUAAUAAGAACAAGACGUUUAGAUAGGGUACCUUUAUGAGCCGAGUAAUAGGUUUAAAGGGCCUCUUUCUUAUCGUCCUUACAGGGCGUGGAAUCGUCUUAAAAAAUGCAGACAACGUCGAAAUAACGUCUGGAAAACUUAGUUUGUCACAUAUCACCAUCUAUGAAAUCACCAAUCCAAGGAAAGGAAUCUGGACCCUAACCGUGCCAGGUAGUAAUGGUGACCAUGAGUUCUCUGUCAAGUCAAGCAGCGACUCUAACGUAGAUUUCGAUCAUUACUUCCUGAUUACGCUUUCUUGGCGCAGACGGUCUAGUGAAGUUCCCGUUUCGAAUCCAGUUGUUGGUAAGCCAGUCUCAUUCACGUCUAGAAGUAGAUAAAAUCUUCCGAUCGCAGUUGUGGGAGAGGGCAUGGUUUCGCCUUCCUGUUAUUACCUUUAACUUAACUGUUGUACUUGUCAGGCUUUCGAUUCGGCGUUCAAGAGCCCAAUAUACGUCAAAGUGCUCUCCGAAAAAGUAUCUUCUCAUUGUUUUCACCUUGUGACUUAAUUUUUAGAGUUUAUUAUGCUAAAUGAAGAAAAUGACCCUAAAAAAAGUACCCUAAGUCCCCAGUGGUAAUCGAACCAUGAAUUUUCAGUUGCGGGUACAAAAUUGAUCUUUGAUUCACCCCAUGUUGUACUUUGUUAUUAUUUUUAACUGCAUACUUUCUUUUUUCUUUUAGGCAAGUUAAACAAAAUCAUAAUUUCUGUAGCUGGAUCAGAAAAACUAGACAAAAGCUCCCUGCGGCUGCAACUCGUAACCACAGAGGGAAAAUAUAUCAGUGACCUCACCCUUCAGCCCCAAAAUCAAGGUCGUUUUGUGGUCGACUUUAAUGCCCAUGCACAUGGCCAGCCAUUUAAGCUUAAAUUGAAGGGUACGACACAAAAAGGUUACCCUUUUGAAAGAAUUUCCCAUAAAAUCCACAAAACAACUACUGCUAUUCUAAGGGGAACUUACGCAAGCAAUUAUUACACCCUUCCUUUGGGCAGAACCACAUUUAUUCGUUUUCAAUUGUGUAACUUUGGGGCCACUGAAACUUUUGACUUUCUUGUCGCAAAGGACACACGGCGUUUUGUCUUUCGUCGUCGCCUGAGUCCCAAACACGUAAUAAAAGGCCGUUGUGUUUACAUCUCUAUUUUUGCCAAAGCUGCUCGUUCUGAGGACGUGGGGAAGACAGAUGCGGUUUUCAUUAUCCUCAAGGGUCGAAUCUCAAGAACUGUUAUCUCGGAGACAGUUCAUCUGCUUGUUGACAAUUAA